UAGAUUCUCCGCCGCUGUGAGUUCUUCCGCUUCGAAUACGAAGAAUCUUGAGGCGAAUUUAAAUGUAAACAGCUUGGAUAUGGUAGCCAGGAUACCGUUGAGUUAACGCCGAUAGUUGAACUUUUUAUAAGAAAUGUCGAAUAAGGAAACCAGUGGGGCAAAACAGGGUCCCUUCAAGCUAUAUAUUGUUAGGAUAUCGCCAUGUUGCCGGGUCGUUUGGAUGUAUCUACUUCAGAAUAAUUUGCCGGUUGAAUUGGUGGAUGUGGACGUAUUCGAAGGAGAGCACAAGCAACCAUCUUUCACCUCGUUAAAUCCACACCAAGAGGUCCCGGUUCUAGUUGACGGCAAAACCAGUGUUUUUGAGGGGAUCGCUAUUUUAACAUAUCUGGCUCAAAAGUAUACGAAUUAUGCCGGAUGGGGAAAGACACCCAUUGAGAAAAAUAGUGUACUAUCGGUAUUGGACUGGGCUUGCUUCGAUUUACAUAGAGUUCUUGGUUACAAAUAUAUUUAUCCUCAUUUCCUUGAGAAAUACCACCUAAAGACCCACGAUGACACCGAAACAAUGGUCGAAAAAGGAGCAGAAGACGUGACAAAGCAUUUGGAGUUAAUGGAAAAUUUUUAUUUAAAGAAAAAUCCAUAUUUAUGUGGCACAGAGCUUACCAUUGCCGAUACAUAUGUGGCAACAAUUCUGUCGCAAAGUGAAUGGUUGGAGUUUGACCUCGGAUUAUGGCCGAAGGUUGCGGCUUGGUUCAGGAAAGUCAAAGAACAGGAACAUUGGAAGACAGUUCAUGAAAAGCACGACGAAUUUUUGUACAAGUUGAGGAAAUGCCCUCAUGAUUGAUAGGCAUAUGGACAACGCCAGAAAGAAUUUUUGAUUAAUUAAGAGAGGACUUAUAAAUACAAGAAACUGAAGACUAGAUCAGUAAUACAUAAGUUAUUGUGCUCAUGCAUGUGCACGCUUCUUUUCAAGAAAGAUAGAUAUCACUUCUCUGUACUGUGCGUAGAAGAUAAGAAGUUUUUAACUGUUUUUAAAAAUCCCCCUCAGCGUGAUGAUACGCAAGCCCCAGGCUAUUCCUCUAUAAAAUGAGCUUUGAAUCUGACCCGGCCCAGGAAGUGUCCUUUACAACGGAGCGGACCCGGACGCAAUGAAAGUGGCCAGAACAACCUUGAUGAAUAUACAAAUAUUCUGUCGUUAGAAUGAAAUAGAAUUACAUGUCAUAUAUCGUUUUAAAAUAAACAUAUUUAUAAGUUUGGA